GCACAUGCGCAAAUCAUAAAGGGUGGUAUAGAUUUGGUUAUUAGUUUCCCUAAUAAUUAAAAUGGCAUAUAGUUGUCAUUUUCAAAUAAAUUUUAAAUAAUAAGUAAAUAAUUCAGGUUUUGUAAAUUUGGAAACAAUUAUGGAAGACGAACCGAUACAAGCAACCAAUGAUGAUGCAAGUGAGUGUAAACGUUGUGCCGUACAAUUGGGGUAUUGGCAGGAUAAUUACAUUACGUUAUUUAUUAAACCAACCGAAAGACGAACACCCGAAAUUAAUAGAGGGUAUUAUGCCCGCGUAAAAGGUGUUGAAAUGUUUAUUGAAAAAUUUUUAAAAAAAGCCGGUGAUCAAGCACAAAUUAUCAAUCUUGGAUGUGGUUUUGAUACAUUGUAUUGGCGACUUAAAGAUGCUGAUAUUAAUGUUGCAAAUUAUGUAGAAUUAGAUUUUCCAAAUGUUACAGGACGUAAAUGUUAUGCUAUUAAACGUCAUAAACAAUUACUGGAGAGAAUACAUGAUCCAGACAGCGAAAUACGUUUAAGUUCAACUGAUUUACACGCUGGAAAUUAUCACUUAAUUGGAGUAGAUUUACGUAACUUAAAAGAAUUCGAAUCGAAAAUCAUUCAAGCAGAAAUUAACUACACUUUACCCACAUUAUUCAUUGCUGAGUGUGUUUUAGUUUACAUAGAGUCAGAAUGCGUACAUAAAUUACUGAGCUGGAUCGGAACAAAAUUCCAAUCUUCAGUGUUUGUAAACUACGAAAUGGUAAACUUACAUGAUAUUUUUGGAAAUAUUAUGUUGGAAAACCUAAAAGCUCGUGGUUGUAAUUUAGCUGGCAUUGAUGCUUGUAAAAAUUUAGAAACGCAACAAGAACGAUUUAAAAAAGCUGGAUGGGAUGGUGCCACGGCAUGGGAUAUGAUUAAAAUUUACCAUGCUUUACCAUCAACCGAUCGGCAUCGUGUGGAAAAAAUUGAAUUUUUGGAUGAACAAGAAGUGAUUGUGCAGCUAUUUCAGCAUUAUUGUAUAUGUGUAGCUUGGAAUGGUACUGAAUUUGCUGACUUAGAUAUAACAUAGUAAUUUAAAACAACAAAAUUGGGAAUUUUAUUGUAAUUGUGUUAUUAUUGUCAAUAAUAUUCGUUAAUAAGUGAUUGUCGUACUAAAAAAAAAUAUAUCAAAUAUAUGGAAAAUUAUAUUUGUCGCUGUGAUUAUUUUCUUAAAUG